UUUUUUGUGGCGGAGAAGUUACCACCAAGUCUUGGACCCCAAUGUUUUCGAGUCAAAAAUCUCCAAGGAGCCUAAAGCUAGUUAUGUCAAAUUUGUCUGCCAUGACUUUUGAACUAUUGGCAGACCUAUCAUAGAACUUUCAUCGACUGCAGUUCUGUGUGGCCUAGGUGCUUCACUUCUUUCAAUAUCAGAGCUAUUUUUCAAAAAACUAUAUAAUUCAGAGUUUUUUUUCCUGGUAAACAAUUAAACAAAUGGGCAUUGUUUUGUUGUUCUUCCUGUUCAUCUUCAGUUUGCUUCCCUCCCAGUAUAGUGCUCAGCUUUAUAACAUAACUCCUUCAAAACCAUUAGCACUAGGACAAACUCUAGUCUCCCCUGGCCGCAUUUAUGAAUUGGGCUUCUUCAGUUUGAGUAAUUCCACUAAUAGGUAUCUGGGGUUAUGGCACAACAAUAUAUAUCCCCGGAAAUUUGUGUGGCUAGCCAACAGAGAAAAGCCUCUUUCAAGUGCAGACACAUCGGCUAAUCUGAGAAUUAGCAGCAAUGGGAAUCUGGAGCUUGUAGAUGGGAAACAGAACUCUGUCUGGUCAACCAUUGAAGUAUCAUCAUCUAAUAGUACUUCAGCUGUUGCAGUUCUUCUAGACACUGGAAACUUUGUCGUCAAAGAUGAUAUGGGAGCUGAUGAGUUUAUAUGGCAGAGCUUUGAUUAUCCUUGUGACACUAUGCUACCUCGCCAGCGGCUAGGAUUCGAUAGUAAAUCCGGAAAGAGGUAUGUCCUCACUAACUGGAAAAGUGAUAAUGAUCCAUCAAUGGGUAUAUUCUCGUCUGGACUUUCAGCAGAGACACCAUCACAAGUGUUUGUUUGGAUUAACAAUGGAUCAACUCCUCACUACAGAAGUGGACCAUGGGAUAAAUCAAAGUUCAUUGGGGUAGUGGACAAGGAUUCCCAGUGGCAGUAUCUAAGUGGAUAUACUCUAGAGGAUGAUGUGAAGCAAGGAACGAAGUAUUUGUCUUACUAUAAUUUAGUCGACAACAUUACUGGAUAUACAGAGAUGUCUUCAGAUGGUUCAGUAAGGCUUAUGUAUUCAGAAAAUGGCAAGAACUGGAGUGCUGUCUUGAAGAUUUCAAAUAAUGCAUGUGACAUUUAUGGAACAUGUGGACCUUUUGGGGUUUGCAAAGCUUCUGAGUCUCCAAUCUGCAAGUGUUUGAAAGGGUUUGUACCCAAAUUGCACGACGAAUGGAACAAAGGGAACUGGACUGGAGGGUGUGUGAGGCAAACCAAAUUGUUUUGUGAGAGACAAACAAAUAUCUCAGUGUCAACUACAGGAAAACAAGAUGAUGGGUUUUUGAAGAUGGCAAGGUCCAAAGUACCAGAUCAUCAUGUAUAUAUUUCUUCUUUGGGCGAUGCAGACACAUUUGAAGACUGCAAGAUGGUGUGCCUGAAAAAUUGUUCUUGCUUAGCCUAUGCAUAUGUUAAUACUAUAGGGUGCUUGCGCUGGUUCAAUUACCUUAUUGAUAUACAGGUGUUUCCCUCUGAAGGAGAAGAUCUAUAUAUUCGCCUAGCACAAUCUGAACUAGUUGAAGCAAAGCCAAUAAAGUUAAUUGCCAGCCUCACAGCUAUUGGUUUUAUGAGUUUGUUGGCUGCUAUAGUUUUUGGUUUAUACAGAUUGCGUGCCAACCAAAAGGGUAAGAAAAUGAAAUGGUCUAGAGAAGGUCUUCUAGAAUAUAUAGGAAAACAUGAUUCCUCAGAGCUAAAGAUAUAUGAUUUUGAUAGCAUACUAAUCGCCACAGACAGCUUCAACAUAAAAAACAAACUCGGGCAAGGAGGCUUUGGCCCAGUUUAUAAGGGAAUGCUACCGGAAGGGAAGGAAAUAGCAGUAAAAAGACUAUCUAGUAGCUCAGGACAAGGUGUUGAGGAGUUCAAGAAUGAGAUGCUAUUGAUCUCUGAGCUUCAACACAAAAAUCUUGUUAGGAUCAUGGGUUGUUGUGUUAAGGAGGAUGAGAAGUUACUUAUUUACGAGUUCAUGCCGAACAAAAGCUUGGAUACUUUUCUAUUUGAUCCGACGAAGAGAGCAGUGCUUGAUUGGGCUACACGUUUUAAUAUUGUUCAGGGUGUAGCUAGAGGGCUUCUUUAUCUCCAUCAUGAUUCCUAUUUGAAGAUAAUACACAGAGAUCUGAAAGUCAGCAAUAUUCUCUUGGAUGAGAAAAUGAAUCCUAAAAUUUCAGAUUUUGGAUUGGCACGCAUAGUUGAAGGAACACAAAUUCUAGAAAAUACUCAGAGGGUGGUGGGAACACGUGGCUAUAUAUCUCCAGAGUAUGCCAUGGGUGGAAUAUUUUCCGAAAAAUCUGAUGUCUACAGUUUUGGAGUUUUGGUAUUGGAAAUUGUUAGCAGCAAGAAGACUGCCAGCUUUUAUUUAUAUGACCAACAGCUAGGCUUUCUAGCCUAUGCAUGGAAGUUGUGGAAGGAAGACAGAGGAUUGGAGUUAGUAGAUGAAAUACUGGGUGAUUCAUAUUCCUCAUCAGAAGUAAUGAAAUGUGUGCAUAUUGGGCUUCUUUGUGUACAAGACAAUGCUACGGAUAGGCCUACCAUGACAGAUAUAGCGUUGAUGCUAAGUAGUGAAAUUGAUGGUCCACAACCUAAGGAGCCUUUGUUCACUAUCCCGAAUUCAGUUUCUUAUCCUAAACCACAAUAUGAAAAUAUUGAUUCCUCCAAAAAUGAAGCUAGCAUUACAGUGAUUGAAGGGCGAUAAGUGAUAUAUAGUAAAUAACCCCAUUCUCUUGGGCUAUGUAGUAUAUGAAUGUUUUCCCCAAAAUAUAUAGACACCAACCUGGACCUCCAUUGAAUA